UGGUGUUUACGUUCCAGAAGAGGUACCCCGAGUAUGUUGUGGAUUCUGCGGUACGUUUGCUGAUUCGCGAUGGCUCGGGUGCCGACGCCGUGACGAUGACAACCGCAUUGUGAAUAAACAUAGCACGCCUUGAGUGCGUGACUCCACAUGGCUCGGCAACGCGUUCUGUUUCGCGGCGUGAUGACGGGGGAUGCAUUGUGGCGAAUAUCGUGUGCCUCGUGGCAACCUUGUGCUGUGUAAGCUCCGAUGAUGAGUUUGGAUGCCGUGCGGACUGUUAGUCCUGAGCAAGUGGCCGCCAUUGCCCGGUCUUCUGUCGCUCAGGUGUUGGUAGUGGAUAGCCGGUCCUUUUUGGAGUUCAACGAUCUGCACAUCGUUGGUGCUGUCAAUGUUUGUUGUUCGAAGCUCGUGAAGAAGCGUCUUCAACAAGAAACGGUGUCACAGUUGGUGUUCUCAGCGCCCAUGUAUAGGACGCAAAGUUGUCCCGGGAUGCUGCCGUCGGAGGACUCGUCGUUGCGUUCGACUGAUGGCGGCGGUAGUGAGGGAGACUCUGAUUCCGACAUCAGGCUAUUUCGGCGUCGGCGGCGGAGAGAGCGCAUUGACUCUGACAUGACCGGUGCUGCGAGACAUUACGACCUGUGUUUCGACCGCAGCAAGAACCGGAAUCGGUAUUCGUGUGGGAACUUGGAGUUCGACAGUUGCCCGGACAUCCCGCACUUCCGCGGAUGCCAGAGCGCCUUUCCGUCGCCGCACGGUAGCUCAUCCUCGCUGUCGAUGUCGGCGGCGUCUCGUUCGCACCGGCCGCCAUCAAUCAUCGAAGUCUCCUGAUGCCGUGUCCCGAAAAAAGAAGCGUUCAAAUGUCGUCAGAGACAAGUGCUGUGUGUGUGUCCGUGUCCGGGUUAUGUGCUGAAAGUUUGCGUUCUGAAUCGCUGGCUUUGCGGUUGUUCCAAUUUGAGAUCAAACAGUGCAUUCUUCCCCUUUUGCAUGAAGGCUGUGCCUCUUGGAAUCAGGAGGGAAGGUUCCUAUAUACUUACUGUAGUCGGGUCCUAUUGCAUUUUGUGACUUUGACGUAGGAAAAAAUCGACUUAAGGAGGCUGUUGAACCUUUAAAAAACUACAACCUCCCUGAGUAAAAUUUUUUUCAAGUCCCCGUCUGCAUUCUCUUGAAAAAAUUGCAUUAAAAACCUCCGUAACUCAAAGGCUUUUCCUCUCAAACCUCUCUCAGUGGAAUUUUCUGUGGCCUUUUGGCUAUUUUUUGCUUGACACAAGAAAGCAAUAAAAAUGGAAUUUGAUGUGUGUUGAACGGAAGUGAAAGACUGAAUUGGGCAAAUGAACCCCUCCCUCCAAGUUGAGCAUCAGCAUCCCUCAACUGAUUUGAGAAGCAAUUCAAGGUCCAGAAUAUCACCAUGUACAAUUUUUUCAAUUCUUCUAUGUUUCCUGCAACAAAAAUUCUUUGUUCCAUAACUCAAACCUUUAUAACAGAAAACCUCCCAAGUCAAAAGCGAAUUCAGUUGAGCCUCUCCAAGUCAAAUUUCAAUUACCAUGAAAAAAUUGACUAAAGGAGGUUUUCUGUUAUAAAGGCAAGCAUAUUUAUUGUGGGAAAUAUAGAAGAAUUGCACAUAACUCCAAUUUCCCCAAGUUGAAUACUGUACCAUCAACCCUCUCUCAAGUCAAAUUUCAAGGGACCAUCAGGAAAAUUGACUUAUGGAGGUUCAAGUUUUCCAGGUUCAACUGCAUCUUAACCCUUGGACAGUUGAGGGUUCUUUCUCAGUGCGCAGCAGAGUCAGGAUUUUUCUAAGGGGCAGCACAUUUCAGUCUGACCCAAGGUCACUGAAAUGCACCAAGGUUGAGGAGGCCUAAGUUUGAAAAAAUUCAGGAGGCAAAAUUUCUUUUGUUUGCAGGGUUUUCCUAUGCAAAUCCUAUGCUAGGAAUGCAGGCAAAAAUGCAACCCAGUGAAGGAUUUUUUUUCAAUUAUCAUUGAAAAUUUUCUGCGGAAUGAGAAAAAAUCUUGGACUUUUUCCCAACUGAGGCCCUGGUACCAAAGUAUUUUUUUAAAAUUCCCAGUGUCCAUUGGCACACAAUUUUGAAAAAAUAUCCCAACUUUGCCACACAAGGGUCAAUUAUUAUUUUUUGGUUUGUUUUACAGUCUUACCUACUUGUAGAAAUGAUUAAGUGGGGCAAGCCCAGUAUGCAUGUCUGUGCUGGAGGAA